GGGCUUGGCAUCAUGAUUUUGUCUGGCGAUUUGAUAUUGAGUCAGCGGGCUUCGUACGCGAUAGGUAUUGAUUCGCUGGGCUGUGGUUUCUGGUUUCCUGGGUUAGUAGCUCUCUACUAGUUGCAUGGACCGGAUACCUCCUCUGUGAUCAUUCAUUUAUUUGCUCCCACCUAUUAAGGGCUACACUAAGAAGUGGGCAUUGCCCCUCAUCGCGGUCGUCCUCGGAGGGUAAUCAUAUACCUGCAGCUCUCCGGACUGUAUUCAAACAGAAGUUGUUUCGAAUAGCUUGCUAGGAUAGUGUCUACUGUCCAAGGGGACAUCUGCGGAAAAAUGCCACACCCUGUCACAGUGCCUCCUACGGGCUUCCAGGCCCUCAUUCUUUGUGGGCCUGGCGUCUCGCUCAAUACGUUCACGUCGAAUCCUGAAGAAUUCCCCAAGGCUCUUGUCCCCAUUGCAAACCGCCCAAUGGUCUGGUAUCCACUAGACUGGUGUUACAGGAUGGGCAUUACAAACAUUACCCUUAUCACUCCACCCCAAAGUCAGCCUCCGUUGGAAGCUGCUCUCUCGCAGAACCCACAUCUCACGUCUCUCCCUUCUCCGUCUCCAUCUGUACUUGCACCGGCAGACUUGACCUUGACCACCGGAACAGCCGAACUUCUGCGUCUACCAGAAGUACAGGCCUGCAUCAAGUCGGAUUUCAUCCUGCUGCCAUGCGAUCUGAUAUGUGACAUCCCAGGAGAAUCUCUCCUGGAAGCAUGGAUGGUUACAGAAGGUGCUCUCGGUGGUGGUACUGGCAGAGAUCAUCUGAAUGCACGAGAACCCAAGAUUGUUGGAAUGGGUGGAGAAAAAGGAGGCCGCAGAGGUGGAUUGGGAGUCUGGUAUCAGACAAAAGACAGGGAAGAGAGCGUCAAAGGUGAAGUCACAGACUUUGUCGCUACAGCACCAUUAGAAUCGGAUGAGGCUCCUGUCGUAUACCCGCCGACUGAUGGGCCGGUAUCGAUAAGAUUUGGGCUAUCGAAGCUGGUGCUUGCUAUGCCAAUGGAUAGUCUGAAAGAGAAGAUGGAGGAUAACAAAGGCCUCCUACUCCGCCAUUCGCUCGUGAAGAGGAAUGCGCAAGUUAAAAUGCUGACGACCUACAGAGAUGCGCAUAUCUAUAUCUUCCCCUAUUGGAUCAAGGAGAUGGCGAAACAUAAUGAAAGAUUUGAGAGUGUUAGCGAAGAUCUGGUCGGCUGGUGGGCCAAGGCGGAAUGGCAGAAAGGACUGGCGGACAAGCUGGGAUUCAGAGAGAUCUUGGAAGGGAAGGACGAUGGAACUGGAGAGAGUGGUAGCCAUGACGAUGACAGUCAUGAGGAAGAAGUUGAUCUCCAGGCCAUGACCACGACAAAGGCAGGCUCAAGACCCCCUAUAGGGCACCUUGGGGCACAAAAAUCGCGCGAUGAACUGCGAUUCGCUUCUCGAGUCAACUCUAGUAUAGAUGCCACUCCUGACGCCUCAGAGAAAAGCGACCUGACUGUCCCACCAAUCCUCGCCUACGUCCAUCCCUCUCAGCCCUCUGCACCCCUCAUCAGACGCGUCGACAACUCCGCUCUUCUACUCUCCGUCUCUCUGCGCCUCGCGAAACUCGAGUCGAUCGAAGAAGUUGGUCGAACAGCCGCAUCCUCAUUUGCCCAUUCUCAGAAGAUCGCUUAUCCGGCGGGUGUUGCCCAGCGGUGCACGGUGACCAAGGGCGACUGUCUCCUUGCCGAGAAUGUCACCGUCGAAGAGAAGUGUGUGAUCAAGGAGACUGUUAUUGGUGCUAACUGCCACAUUGCCAGUGGAGCACGGUUAACCCGCUGUCUGAUUAUGGACGGUGCUGUAGUCGGUGAACGCUGUCAGCUGACUGGCUGCGUCGUUGGCCGUAGAAGCAAGAUCGGCCGUGAAUCCGUGCUCAAGGACUGUGAAGUGCAAGAUGGAAACGUCGUCGCAGAUGAGACUGACGCGAAGAACGAGAAAUUCAUGGUCUUCCAGGGUUUGGAGGAUGGUGACGAAGACAUGAGUGCCACGGAGGAUUUCGAUGAAGAUGGUGGUGACUUGGGAUUCUGAUCAUGUUGUAUUUUUAUGACUCCCCUUACUUUCAUCAACCUAUCGUAUAGAGAGAAAAGGUUUAACGAAGAAGAAUAUGAGGAAAAGUUACGACAUUUG